AUGUUGGUAGGGCCUACUGGUGGAGGUAAGACCACUGUCUACACCAUCCUGGCAGACACACUGGAGACCCUCCAUCACACAGGGCACAAGGCUAAGAACCCCUUCUGUCAACCUGUCAAGACCUAUGUUCUCAACCCAAAAUCUGUCACAAUGGGAGAGCUCUACGGAGAGGUUAACACAUUAACCCUGGAGUGGCGUGACGGACUGAUGGCACUGAGUGUCCGUGAUGCAGUCAGCGACACCAGUGACGACCAUAAGUGGGUGAUCUGUGAUGGGCCAGUUGAUGCCCUGUGGAUUGAGAACAUGAACACAGUGCUGGAUGACAACAAGAUGCUCUGUCUUGCCAAUAGCGAGCGAAUCAAACUUACUCCAUCCAUACAUAUGGUGUUUGAGGUCCAGGACUUGGCUGUAGCAUCUCCAGCCACAGUCAGUCGCUGUGGGAUGGUAUAUAUUGACCCAGAUGAGCUCAAGUGGAUGCCCUAUGUCCAGACGUGGAUCAGUGGUCUUGGAGCCAAGCUCCCAGACCCAGUGCAAACAUACCUGCUGGAGCUGUUUAAGCAGUAUGUGGAAAAGGGUCUUCAGUUCGUGCUGAAGCAUUGCAUCCAGGCAAUUCGCCAGGUAGAGAUCAGUAAAGUCACAACUCUUUGCUCCCUGCUAGAGGCACUGCUGCUGGACGAUGGAGGGCCAGACCUCAAAAUGGAUUCUAAGCACCUCAACAGUGUAUUAUGUCAGACUUUCCUAUUCUGCUACCUGUGGGCAGUAGGCGGCAACCUAACCUGUUCUCACUGGGAUGCUUUUGACACCUUCGUAAAGGUGCAGUUUGAAGACAACAGCAAUGCUAAGGUCCCGAAGUGUGGUACCCUGUGGAGUGUGUACAUGAACUUUAACCAGAAGCGUCUGGUGCCAUGGGAGAACGUAAUCCCUUCAUUUAAGUACAACAGUGAGCAGCCCUUUUUUGAGAUGCUAGUCCCUACCAUAGACACUGUCCGCUAUGGCUACCUGAUGGAGAAACUGCUGUCUGUACGACACUCUGUGCUCUUCACUGGUGGCACUGGAGUUGGGAAG